GGGCAAGAAGGGAAGCCUGCGUGGUGGGCCUUUGCUCCCCCGGGUGCUGUAAGCUGCUGGCGUCGCGUCCUCCCAGGCGCGGCGGGCGAGGCCGAGCACGUGGUGGGAGCGGGCCGUGGGCAGGCACCCGCACGGCUUUGCUGCGGCGCGGGGUGGGCUGAAGAGGGAGGGGGUGGCCGCUGCCGUCCUGCAGGCGGCCCGUUGGGCAACGCUGGAACUUGCCGCGCGCGCUGUCGCUGCGCUCUGCUAAGUCCGUUCCUCUAGACAGGGAGCUGCACGGCGUCUGGGCUCAUGCGGACGUCUAAAUGCAUUUUCACCGCAGUGAUGGCGUUUUUGAUAACGAGGCUCGGUAAUUCUGUUGUAACUGAACUCGUAAUGAAUUGGUUUUUUAAUUAUGCGCGAGUAUAAAUCGGAGGACGGUGUCUUCUGUUCCAAGGGGAGGCUGGAUUGAGGUAACCUAAUCCAUUUGCCUGUGUCUGCCCCAGAAAUGGGGAUUACGAGCGGGGCGAGAUCUCAUUCAGCGGUACGUCCUGAUGCUUGUAAUGCCUGCGCAAACGCUCAUGCCCCUAAAACAAGAACUCUCGCAUCGUCAUUUUAGAUGGAUGGCUUUCAGCGUGCGGAAUCAAUAGUAACUGUAAGUAGAUAUUGGAAAUGCGUGAAUUGCAUCCAGAUGUGAACAAAAGUCAGGGUGUUGUAGGGAAGGCUGGUGAAAUGUGUGUUUCUCCUUGAGGUAAAAGUAAGCUUCUGUUGGAAAGCAAAGCGUGUCAAACGAAGCAUUUCUUGGUACGCAGGAGGUGGAAGAGCACCGAGGCGAAAUCCUCUUGCAGCGCCGUGCCCGUACAGGAGGCAGCGUCAGGCUGGGGCACGGCUGCGGCUCCGAGGGGACGGGACCGUGGAGCACGGCCCUGCAGCCCGGCCUGGGGAGGCCUCGCGCCUCCCCGCGCAUCUCGUGUCUGUGGGAUGGGCAGUGCUGAGGCACAGAAACUGAAAGCGUCCCGGGUGGGAGGGGGCGGCUGCUCCUGCCGGCUCCUGGCAGCCUGCUCUGUGCCCCUUGCCUGCGGGCCAGGCGUCCUGCGGGGGGGGAGCAGUCGAGAAAAGAGCAGAGCCCUCCUUGCUCUCUGCCCCAAAACAGGCUUGGCAGGGAGACUGGGAAGGGAAGGGUUUCUCAGGAAGGCUGCUGGUUUAGCCUUCGGAGCUGCUUCCAGUGUGAACAAAAGGGAGCGGAGGCCGGCGGUGGGCAGCAGCGGUGACACGCGGCCGCUGGGAGCAGGCUGCUGGCCACGGCGCGGAGCUCGGGGCUCGCUGCAGCGAGGGCCCCUUUCAAGCAGAGGCACCGACCCCUGCCCCAAGAGGGGGUGCUGGCCUGGCCUCGAGGGCCACGCGGGCUGAGCUGCGGGCGGCCGAGGGCAUCAGGCUGCCGCUUGUCCUCCCCUCGGGGGUCAGCGCGAGCCCGGAGCUGCCCGACCGAAGGGAUGGGGGCGCCCUGGCCCCAGCCCCCCUCGUGUCCUUCACGGAAACUUGCUGUCCGUCGCGCACUGAAGCUGACCCACGUGCCGUGCCCCCGCCAGGCACCGGGUCCUGGGGCGGGAGGUGGGGGCUGCCUGCGCCCCGACAGGCUGCGGGCAGCGGGCCGGAGCAGGGCUCCAGGAGCAGGGGAGGCCGGGCUUGUGUGCACCUGCAGAGCGGGGGAAGGUUCCUCUUGUGCUGUUCUCUGAGGCGGCCAAACUGGACGGUUUCAUUGCACGAAAUAACCAAAAUUUAUAGGCAGAGCUUCCGAAGUGAUACCGCUCCCAGUUGUUUUAUCGACUGUGCUGACAUCUUUGGCUGUACAAAGUGUGCUUGCUCGCUUGGUUGUCAUUUGAAAGACACCUACGUUCUCGAUUGUCUCUGUUUAAAAAGAAAAAAAAAAUCUUAGAACAAAAUUAUGUUCCAAACUUUGCGGUUUCAGCAGUUCAAUCCUCUCGACUCACUAGCAGUCCAACGUGGAGCUCCCCGGUCUGUCGUUCAGACUGUGCUCUUGCUUUCUUACUCUUUGAGUGAUGGGAAAGGACGUCUCGUGUUAGGGCCCAGGUCUGGGUUGUUUUGUCUUCCAUCCUCCCUCCCAAAGCAAGAGGAGCCUCCUGCCGGCGCCUGCACUAAUGGGGUUCCUGACGGCGGAGAUCCUGCGCAGGGCGAGAAGGAGCCGCAGCCGGCCGCUGGAAAGCCUCCCAAAGGCAGCGGUGAUGAGCAAGUGCCCCCGCUCCUGCCCCCGCCGCCGCCCGGCAGCCUCCCUCCCUACCCGCCCUACUUCGAGGGAGCUCCCUUUCCUCGCCCGCUGUGGCUGCGGCACACGUACAACCAGUGGGUUCCUCAGCCGCCACCACGGACUAUAAAGAGGACGAGGAGGCGUUUGUCACGGAACAGAGACCCGGGAAGGCUUAUCAUGAGCACUAUCAGGCUGCGGCCCAGGCAGGUGCUUUGUGAGAAGUGUAAGAACACUCUGAACCCCGAGGAUGAAAGCACGGCUAGGCAGAACGCUAAAACAAGGAGGAAGCUAAACAUUCAGGACAAGGAGCAGAAAAAGCACAGUGACUCUGACUACACGGAGAAAAGGAACAAAAGAGAAAAGAGAGAGGACGACAAAUUUUCUGGGGAGCUAGUGCAUCGAACGCCAGUUAUAAAAAUAUCCUACAGUACUCCACAAGGAAAAGGCGAAGUUGUAAAAAUCCCUUCCCGGGUUCACGGCUCAGUCAAACCGUUCUGCCCGGAGCGAAUACUGCAGAACGGAGAGGAGGACCAAGAGGAGAUCGGAGACUCCGAACGAUGUCGAGAAACCAAAUGUUUAAUGGACAAGUCAGCAGGCAGCCAGCUUGCUUCCAUUCCAAAACUGAAGCUCACGCGGCCGGUGCAUUCCAAUGCGGAUGUUCCACCUCCAAAGAUAAGGCUGAAGCCCCAUCGCAUAAAUGAUGGUCAGAGCGUUUCAAUUUAUAAAGCAGAACUUAUCGAUGAAAUAAAUGUCCUUCAGAACAGCAGGGAGACCAACCCUGCUGCAUUUUACAACGAUGAAUCCACAGACAGGGGUUUAGCUGAGAUCUCUUCAGGGAGUUCAGGUGAAGAUGAUGACUUUAAAAGGUUUCCCCAAGGUAAAGAUGGACACGAUAACUUGGCUUUCCUUAUGAAUUAUCGGAAAAGAAAAGCAGAUUCUUCUAGUUUAUCGGUGUGUAGUAACGACAGUCUAGAUGAAUCCAAGUCUUCUAGUUCAGAAGUAACAUCACCAGAAAUGUGUGACUUUUUACCUGGUGAUGAUGCAUCUGUCUCUUCAUCUUCAAAAGAUGAGCGUAAAAUUGUGCCACCGUUAACAGUUAGACUACAUACCCAAAGCGUGUCUAAAUGCGUCACCGAAGACGGAAGAACUGUUUCAGUGGGGGAUAUUGUUUGGGGUAAAAUUCAUGGAUUUCCAUGGUGGCCAGCACGUGUUCUUGACAUAAACCUUAGCCAGAAGGAAAACGGGGAACCUUCGUGGCGAGAAGCCAAAGUGUCAUGGUUUGGUUCUCCAACGACUUCAUUCUUAUCUGUUUCAAAACUCUCCCCUUUCUCUGAGUUUUUCAAACUGAGAUUUAAUCGCAAGAAGAAAGGGAUGUAUCGGAAAGCUAUCACAGAAGCUGCGAAGGCAGUAGAGCAUCUGACUCCAGAAAUAAGAGAUCUCUUAACACAGUUUGAAACAUAACUUUGUCACCAGUAUCAGGUAACAGAAGAUAAGAGCACAGCUGUUCUCCUAGAGUGUCACGAAGUCUAAACAUCCUGACUUGCUCCCCAGGAGAAUCUGGAGGUUGCCAUGCACAUGACAGGAGGACGGGUUUCCUUGUCAGAUUGCACUGCUUAUCAUCCGUGAAAGGUGACAGGCACCUGGACGUGGAGCUAGGCGGCUCUUCUGGUGUGAGGCUGGCAGGAAAGUCUUAAGGAUUCCUUAACCUAAGAUGAGAAUUUGACAAGUCAUACGGCAAUGAAGUAGGAGAACAGCAAAAACCGCAACUUGGAAUGUAUUUAUUACCUAAAAGUUAGCUAUUCUUGAUAAAACCCCAAAAAUUAUUGCUGCUGCUUUAUUUUACUUACAGAUUUCACAAACUUGUUAAUUUUAAAGCUACCAAACUUUUACUCAAUACUGUAUUCUGAGAAAUGUAAUUGGAGCAGGACAUGCAAUAGAACGAAAUCAUUGUAGUGUCUUAAGUACAAUGGACUCACUUUUGUGUCUAUUAAAACUUGGAAAAUGUGCAACACAUAACAAUGGGGCUAUCAUUGCAUAUAUUAAAGCUUUUUAAUGUCGUUUAUUGCA